GAGGGUGUGCGCAUGCGCGAACGCGGCGCGGGUGACUGAGCACGCGUGGUUUGUGAGUGGACGAUCCCGGGCGCCAAGGUUAUAGACAAUUUGUGAAAUGAGUGACUCUGAUGAUGACGAUAUCCCCCGGCUGUCUUCCCACACCUUAGCAGCCCUCCAGGAAUUUUAUGCUGAGCAGAAGCAACAAAGUGACCCAGGCAGAGAUGAUAAAUAUAACAUUGGAAUAAUAGAAGAGAACUGGCAGCUGAGCCAGUUUUGGUACAGUCAGGAAACCGCUUUGCGACUUGCAAAGGAAGCGAUUGCAGCUGCUGGAGAAGGUGGCAGAAUAGCCUGUGUGAGCGCCCCCAGUGUUUACCAGAAACUGAGAGCCCUACACAGAGAAGACUUUUCUGUAUACAUCUUUGAAUAUGACAAAAGAUUUGCUAUAUACGGAGAGGAGUUUAUCUUCUAUGAUUACAAUAAUCCAUUGGAUUUACCUGAAAAAAUUGCUGCACAUAGUUUUGACAUCGUAAUAGCAGAUCCCCCCUACCUUUCCAAGGAGUGUCUCAGAAAAACAUCAGAAACCAUCAAGUAUCUGACUCAGGGCAAGAUUCUGCUAUGCACAGGUGCUGUCAUGGAAGAAGAGGCAGCAAAACUUCUUGGCGUGAAGAUGUGCAAGUUUAUUCCAAAACACACCCGGACCCUGGGAAAUGAGUUUCGCUGUUAUGUGAAUUAUGAUUCUGGGCUAGACCAUGAAAUCUAAAUGCAGAUAGUAAUAUAAUAUGUAAAGGAUCCUGUGUGACAUUUCUCUUAUUAUUUCCUUGGUAGAUUGAAAAGUGAUAACCUUCUCCCCUCCCCUGCAAAGUGGGGCUCUCCCUGGCCUAAUUUUCAUAUUAAAGAAUAUAAGAUAUCAUUAUGACUUCCUGACUGCAGGCAUCUCUAGAACUCGGGAUGCUUUUGCCAACUUGAAUCCAUGGAAUUAUAGUGGGAAGAAAUCUUAGAACCUAUCUAAAAUCUGCUCUCCUCACCUAAGAACAGGUAAAAAACCAAAGUACAGACAGCUUAGUGGCUUGGCCAAGAGCUGAAUUAGGACCUAGGCCUCUGCCCCAGGCCGUCUGCCCCCUUAACAGGCCUGUUCCGACUCUACCCAGUGGACCGCUGAUUGUUCACAGCAGCUUUCCUGGGGUGUUGUAGGACUUGUGAAGGGGCCCGUCAUCUGCUCCAGCCCCUCAAGGAGACACGACUUGUCUCCAUGAAAGAAGUUGAGAAUCAUCCUUGGAACUAGUAUCUGAAAGCCUCCUGGAUGUUUCCUCCUUGCCCUGGUUCUUGAAGGGACAACAGGAACGUAGCCCAGGUGCCCUCUGUGUGCACACCGCCCCUGCACCUUUGGCUAAAGCCACAGCAAUGCUCCAGGCCCCGGAGAAACUGAAACUGCCAUCUGCAAACCAAACACUGUAGCAAAAAGGAUGUGAGAAGCAUGCUAGACUAUUCUGUUUCAAAAAUUAUCCAUCAUUCAUCCACACCAUAGCACAUUACUGAUACCUGCAACUUGGAUGGCUUUCAAGGGCCUUGUGCUGAGUGAAAAAAGCCGGUCCCCAAAGCUUACAUACUUACUAUUGAUGUAAUCUUCUUGAAUGGAGAGCAGAUUGGUGGUUGGCAGAGGUUAAGGGGGUGGGGGAGGAGGUGGGGUGGGACCAGAAAAAGGAGAUCUUAGGGGAAGUGCAGCUCUUGUGCAUCUUGAUUGUGCAGUGGUUACACACAACUCCACGGUUGGCAUUACACAGAACCCGCACACGCACGCAACACUGGUGAACUCCGAGUGAGGUCUGUGGGUGGUGCGCAGCGGCCAGUUCCUGGGGGUGAUUCUGUGCUUGGUCAAGAUGUUCUCAUUGCGGGCAACUGGGUAAAAGACACACAAGACCCCUCUGUAGUGUUUUUGCAAUUUCCUGUGAAUCUAGAAUCAUUUCAAAAUAAAAACUUAAAAAAGGGGGGGCGGUGAAGAAUAACACUUCCCCACCUCAGGUGACUUGCUUUGCUAACAAAACAUGAAAGGAAGUGCCAAGCAGAGCUUUAUUUUCUCUGUGACAUGGCUACCGGCAGUUUUCCACACACAAGCAGGUGCUUGAAUGGAGCGGUGGGCCUGCAGUGGAUGUGGAGGGUGAGCAGGAAAUAUACGUCUGCUUUUGAAAAUCAGAGACUGUGGGAUGGUUACUGCAGCGAAAGUGCAGCCCGUCCUGGAGAGCCUGGUGCCCUGGCACCAGCACUCAGGAAAUGGGGCAUCCGGGGUGGGGGGGGCUUGCUCCCGUCUGUUCUUUCUUAGCCUUCGACGGUCCUACUUUGGGAUAAUUUUUAAUUUACUUUAAAAAUCACUUGGUAUUUUUAUGAGACAUUUAUAUUUUUAUCAGUAUAUCAGCACCUGGCACAUGUGAAGUAUUCAAUAAAUGUUUGUUCU